AGCGAGUUGGACAGUGUCACCACUAUCGACCAAGCCAUUAACUCGCACAGAAGAGCCAUGAAAAGUAUGAUGCAACGAACACUACUAGAUGUGAGCAAUCUCACCACUGGUAGAACUGUGGAAGUGAUGUGUGAGAGUUGCGUACGAUUUGCGCAGGCUAUGAAUUCGGGUGACGAAGCAAGUGCUUUCAUCCACUACCGGCAAUUCGAUGAGCAUGCUCAGCUAUUGCGAGAAAAAUUGAGUGUUGAAAGAACAAAUAUUUACGCUCGCACGUUACUGUGGCGAAUCGGAAACAAUGGAGAGCUCUUUGAAACGGAGGAAGAAACUACGCUCUUUGACUAUAGUAGCCAGCUUCUUUCAAAAGCAUCCACUUUUCGAUCACUUCGAGAACUAUCACAAAGUGCUUCCCAACUCAUAUUCUGA